CAGACUGCUCUUAUCGAGUAUCACCUUCGCACCGUCAACCAGAUUAUCCCUCACAGUAUCUGGAAUUUGAUCUCAUUCCGUACUGAAGACUCUACCAACUACGGCCUAUUCACAAUGUCUGCUACGAUGGAAGCCGUCAAAGUGUUCUUCAGCUCGCCGCGCUUCGCCGUGGCCGGCGCGAGCAACGACCCGGCCAAAUUCGGCCAUCGCAUUCUGGCGUGGUACUACCACCAUUCACUCCCUGUUACGCCCCUCAACCCGCGUGCUUCCUCCAUCCAGCUGCACUCGACAAGUCUACCGACGGUCGCCUCGGUGCGCGACUUGCCCGCUCCGACCGAGACGUCACUGUCGGUGGUGACUCCCCCCGCCGUGACUCUCGCUCUCCUACGCGAAGCUUAUGCGGUCGGCAUCCCGGCUGUCUUCCUGCAGCCUGGCACUUACGACCAGGCGGUGCUGGACUAUCUGGAGGGACAUUUUGCGGCGGCGGUGGUGGGCGCGGGAGGCCGAGGCUCGGAGGGUUGGUGUGUCUUGGUCGAUGGCGAGGAUGGCUUGCGCGCUGCGGGGAGAGAAUGGAAGAGUCAGCUGUAGUAUUUAAUGCCUCGAUUUCUUGUAAUGUGUUCUGUAUAUGAGAGAUUAAACGGGAAGUCAUGAAGAAAGCAGAAAAACAAGGUAAAGAGGAGGUUGGGGUGUAAACGGAAAGCAUCAACACCAAAUGGGGGGGGGGAUAAAUGAGGUAUUGUAUUGUUGGGGGUGACUUUCUUUCACCUCCGUUACCCCGUUCUUUUUU